AUGGCGGUGGCAGAUGUGAAGUUAAAUUCACCAACUCAAACAAACAGUCAAAGUGUUGUUGUCAAUGUCAAAGACAGAGAUGUUGAAGUGGGGAAACCAUACGAAGACCAAGAUGGUAUAACAAUUGUUCCUGUAAAAGAACAACCAACAUAUCCUGAAGUUAGCAGAGACUUAAGUUCUGUUGCAGAUAUUCGAAACGACUACCAACAACUUAAAGACAAACUUCAAACUCAGGAGAAGAUUUGUCAAGCUUUAGGUAUAAUGUUAAACUUGGUCGAACACAACCCUGUAAAAGUGAACUCAUAUGUCAUUGCACCU